AGGAAACCGCAGCCUCCAAUUUUCACUCUCUUCUCCGUCGCAAAUCAAUCACCAGACCACUGACUUCGUUCAAUCCGCUCUGCUUUUCUUCUGAUUCUUACACCCGAAAGCCAAAAUCUUUGCCCCUCUGAUCCCUCGAUUUGCUUGGUCCUUGUCUUUCUUACGACCCCCCCACUUGCUUUCUCUCUGCCAUCUUCAUAAUGGAGAGCUUUGCCCUCCAAUCCCUCUCCACUACCUCCUCCUUUUCUCCCAUUUCUCGCAUUUCUCUCCUCCGCCGCCCACGACCCAUUUCCCAUUCUCAAUCCUUUUCCUUCCCAAUCUCCCCCAAUUUCUCCCCCUCCACUUCCAAACCCAUUUCCCAUUUCCCCCUUUUCACCUCUCAAUCUUCCCUUUUCAAUUCGCUCCCCAAAUCGCAUCGAUACCACCCAAUGCGGACCACUGCCCAAUCCUCUCAAUCCCCCGACAUUCAGUCCCCAACCCCACCUCCCCGCCGAGGCGCCAAGCCCAUCCCCUUCCUCAUCUCCAUCGCUGUUGGCCUCAUUGUUCGCUUUGCCGUCCCCAAACCCGUCGAUGUUUCGCUUCAAGCCUGGCAGCUGCUCUCCAUCUUCUUGUCCACGAUUGCCGGGCUUGUUCUGAGCCCCUUGCCGGUCGGUGCGUGGGCGUUUCUUGGCCUCACUGUUACUGUUGUCACUAAGACUCUGACGUUUGCUGCUGCGUUUAAUGCCUUCACCAGCGAGGUGAUUUGGUUGAUUGUCAUUUCCUUCUUUUUCGCUCGUGGGUUUGUCAAAACUGGAUUGGGGGAUAGAAUCGCGACGUAUUUUGUUAAGUGGAUGGGGAAGAGUACGCUUGGGUUGUCUUAUGGUCUCACGAUUAGUGAGGCGUUGAUCGCCCCUGCAAUGCCGAGCACCACCGCCAGAGCCGGUGGUGUGUUUUUGCCCAUUAUUAAGUCGUUGUCGCUCGCUGCUGACAGUAAACCCAACGACCCAUCGUCUAAAAAGAUCGGUGCUUAUCUUGUUCUGUCUCAAUUUCAGUGUGCUGGUAACUCUAGUGCCCUCUUCCUUACUGCUGCUGCUCAAAACUUGUUAUGCCUGAAAUUGGCUGAAGAACUUGGUGUACAAAUAUCUAGCCCAUGGCUUACUUGGGCCAAGUUUGCUAGUGUCCCAGCAAUUGUAGGUCUCUUGGUAACUCCAGCAAUCUUAUACAAGCUUUUUCCUCCCGAAACCAAAAACACGCCAGACGCCCCGGCCAUGGCUACAAGAAAGUUGGCAGCCAUGGGUCCCGUCACAAAAAAUGAAUGGGUCAUGGUUGGUACUAUGCUUAUUGCAGUCUCUUUAUGGAUUGCUGGAGAGGCCCUCAAAAUACCAAGCGUUGUGGCUGCAAUGAUUGGUUUAUCAAUACUCCUUACCCUCGGAGUCCUUGAUUGGGAUGACUGCUUAGCCGAAAAGUCGGCUUGGGAUACCUUAGCUUGGUUUGCUGUCCUCGUGGGCAUGGCGGGCCAAUUGACGAGUCUCGGUCUUGUUGGUUGGAUGUCCAAUUCUGUGGCCCAUUUGCUGAAGUCUCUCUCCCUCAGCUGGCCUGCAGCAUUUGCCAUUCUUCAAGCAUCUUACUUCUUGGUUCACUACCUCUUCGCCAGCCAAACUGGUCACGUUGGAGCUUUGUACUCGGCAUUCCUUGCAAUGCACUUGGCUGCCAAGGUACCCGGUUUGUUGGCUGCUCUGGCCUUAGCUUACAACACGAACCUCUUCGGCGCUCUGACCCAUUACAGUAGUGGCCAAGCUGCUGUAUACUAUGGAGCGGGUUAUGUCGAGCUACCGGACGUGUUCAAGAUGGGAUUCGUGAUGGCACUCGUAAACGCUACUAUCUGGAGCGUGGUUGGGGGUAUUUGGUGGAAGAUUCUGGGUCUAUAUUGAACAUGAAAUCUUGAAUCAAAUGGGUUAUUAUUUAUGUGUUGUACAUGCCCUGUCUUUGGGCACCAUCGAGAGUUCAAUUUUUAUGUAGCCAAUUUGUUUGUUCUCUUUCUCUCUACUGAUGGGUGGGCAUUGGUUAGGACUUUGAUUAAAUUUUGCCUUUGUCUAACCAUUGCAAAUCAAAUGGUGCAAGGGAAAUUGGUUGGUUAUGAAUGAGAUUCAUAAUUUGGUGAAAAACCAAUCUGAAACUCUGGCCUUCUUAAUCUCUGAGUUCUUCAUUUCUGUA